GAGAGAGAUUAGUAGCCUCUCUGCACAUUUCAGUUACUUUUUCAUUUAUCAAUUGACAUUUCGGUUUGUAAUAUGGCUCCAAAAUAUAAGUUGAUAUAUUUCCCUGUCAAAGGGCUAGCCGAGCCUAUUAGAUUCUUGUUUGCUUAUUUGGGUGAAGACUUUGAAGAUUACCGUUUUAACCGAGAGGACUGGCCAAGAAUAAAACAAACUACUCCGUGGGGUAAAUCCCCCGUGCUGGAAGUGGAUGGUAAGGCUGUGUCUCAGUCCAUCGCUAUCUGCCGCUACUUGGCCAAGGAGGCAGGACUGUGCGGAGCAGAUCACUGGGAGGACCUCCGUAUCGACGAGAUCGUAGACUCCAUCAAUGAUCUUCGAGCCGAAUUGGCUAAGGUUGCCUACGAGUCAGAUGAGAAGAGAAAAACAGCCUUGCGUGUCCCUCUGGUCAAUGAGAUUGUUCCAUUCUACAUGAGGAGACUCAAUGACAUUGUUAAGAACAAUAACGGCUAUCUAGCAAACAAGAAGUUGUCAUGGGCGGACCUGUACUUUGCUGCCAUCCUCGACUAUCUCAGUCACAUCUAUGGAUCUGAUUUGACAUCUGGAUAUCCUUAUCUGAAGGCGUUGAAAGACAAAGUCUAUACAAUACCCAGGAUCAAGACGUGGAUAGAUCGCAGACCAGACACUGAUCAUUAACUGUCACCAUAAAAUGUAUAAAUUGUACAAAAUAGCAAAAUAUUGUGAA